AUGGCUCAAAGAAGGGCUCGAAGUGGACUGCAGCACCGAGCUGGAGAGGAUCCGAGCGGUGCGAGACGGUCCAUGGUCGCGUGUAAUCGAUGCCGCAACCGAAAGACCCGAUGUGCUGGUAACCCACCAUAUGCGUGCGCUGCGUGCGCAGAGGUGGGCCACGAGUGUGUCUAUUCGGAGGCCGAGAAGCGCGUGUCGAUUCCGGAAAGUUACUUUCGUCGGUUGCGGUCUCAGGCCCAGGCCAACAGUCGAGAUGAGGCUCGCUCUGCGUCCUUCCCAAAUCCAGCUACAUCCAUUCAGGGCACUUCGUAUAGCGUCGAAGUGCCCCUGGAGCGAGGCGACUGGUGGUAUAAUGGGACAGAACAUUUGUUUCUGAAUCGAUCCGGUGAACAUCACUAUGUUGGUGCAUCUUCUACCACCCAUCUGGCAAAACGUCUGAAUCCUACAUCAACCAAUUUAGCAUGGGAUGUGCGACCCCUAUACGAUGACCCUUCCUCUCUACGCCGCUCAGUACCACGAUCCCUCCCUCAACUGCCGCCGUUCGAAUAUGCCAAGCGGCUCUACUGGGUCCAGUAUGUCUAUAUCGGAACAAUAUUCUCCCUCAUCCAACCCCAUGACUUCGAAGAGCGACUACACAUAGUCUAUAGCCAACCCCCUGAUUUGCUUAAUCGCGAGUCAUGUCUGGUCUACUGCCAGGUAUUGCUUGUCAUAGCGUUCGGCCUCAUGUACUCGGUCAACCAGUGGUCCGGUGAUGACGGUCCUCCGGGGUUCAGAUAUUUCAAGCAUGCACUGCGCUUUUUGCCUGACAUUCACGAGGAGGGAUCAAUAUUUUUCGUGGAGGUACUCUGCUAUGUUGCUUACUACAUGCAGAACCUCAAUCGUCGGGAUGCUGCCUUUCUAUACAUUGGUCUUGCUCUUCGCAUGGCAAUUUCACUGGGGCUCCAUCAAGAGGUCCUAGACCCAGAAAUUAGUGAGGAAGACCGUAAUCGUCGUCGGCGGGCUUGGUGGUCCGUAUAUAGUUUGGAUCGGCUACUGUCUGUCAAGUCAGGCAAUCCGAUUACAAUCCAAGAUGAGGACAUUGGAACCACAUGGCCGCAGCCAGUUAGCCCAACUGAUGUGCUUCCUUGGCCAUCGGUUGUCCUCACAUACUAUACCCAGCUGUCCAGGAUCCUGGGUAGAAUAGGAGAAGAAAUUUAUCGGAAGAAGCCGCGGUCUGGCUCAAACCUGCUAGCCUCAGUACAAAGCAUUACCGAUGAGCUUUCCGACUGGCUUCGACGAGUACCCGAUCGAUUGCGUAUAGACUUUUCCAGGCUGAGUACACAUAUCAACCGCGAGUCGGUGUCAAUAUUCCUACACUUCUAUUCUUGCGUCAACAUGACCGCACGGCCCUUGGUCUUCUAUGUGAUCCAGCGUCGCCUCGACGCGGAAGCCGGUGGCUCUGCGACGGAUGACUGGAAGGAAGGGCUGUCGCAGAAUACAGUUGCGGUAAUUGACAGCUGUGUGGCAGCAGCUCGGGCCACCACCCUUAUAAUGGAUGCUGCAGCGAAGCAUAACUUGGUUGCUACUUAUGGCUACCUCGACGGAGAGUACGUCUUUUCCGCCGCUCUCCUGCUUGUAAUGGUGAAUGCUGCAUUUCCACAUAACGCAGCUAAUGCGCGGGCGAUGGAGAUUUCAAUAAGUCUGCUUCGCAGCAUGGCUGAUCGGGGCAAUACUAAUUUGGCUGCCCGCCACUCGCUACUUCUUGAGCUUCAGUCGUCCAUCGGGCAAAAUCGCGCAAGGAGAGAAGGCGACGCCGUCGAAGCGCCGAUUACGCCCAGCAGCACACAGCAACCGACCCCGUCGAAUAAUGCAAUUGGCCCUCCGACGAACACUACGUGGACUCCACAGCAGGACUUGCCGUCAGUGCAGGAGAUCUCGUUCAACUUUGAUAUCAACGAUGAUCCGGGCCUCUGGGAGGAGGUUUUGGGCCAGAUUGACAUUGACAUGGAUACUGACUGGAUUGAAAACACGUUAAAGCGGUAA